AUGUUCAAGGUUGUUCCGCCUAGUUUUUGCUUGCCAUCACUCAAAAGUCUACACCUUUUAUCGGUUAAAUUCUUGGGCGAUGAUUCUGUGGCAAGUUUUUUGAGAUGUUGUGGGGCUCUUGAAGAUUUGGUUGUAAACAAAAGCAAAGAUGACAAUGUGAUGAUAUUCAAUAUCAAUGUCCCUACUUUGAAGAGCUUAUCAAUUUAUAACUCGGAAGGGAAACGAGACUGCGUUGAGGAGAUUCACGGGUUUGUGAUAAAUGCUCCUUCUCUGGAGAAAAUGAACUUUAAGGAUAUAUGCAGUAACUUUCUAACGUUUGAGUAUAUGCCUGAGGUGAUCAAGGCGGAUAUAGAGGUUAUUUGUGACCAAUCGGAGAAGUUUAUAGGAUCUCUUACCUCAGUCCAACAUCUUUCUCUCUGUUCUCAAACUUCAGAGACUCCAUAUCCUAGAGGCACAUUCUUCUUCUUUCUUGAACAUCUACAGCUAUGUACAUGUUCUGUGGGAUGGUCGAAUCUACUUAGCAGUAUACUCAAAGACGCUCCAAGACUUCAAUCUCUCAAGCUUAAGUCGCAACAUAGUGCUCGUUACAACGAUCCGAUGAACCCUUGGAACAAACCAACAGAUGUUCCGGAAUGUUUAUCGAAGCAUCUCGAGUUGUUGGAAUGGAGACAAUAUGAAGGCACAGAGAAAGAGAUGGAAGUGGCUGAGUACAUACUAGCGAACGCUACUUGUCUAAAGAUGGCGACAUUCUCAACAGGAUGUCAUAGCGUGGUGGGGAAGUUAAAGAAAAUGCAGAGAGUUUCAGAGACAUGUCAGUUAGUGUUUGAGUAA